AUGGCACGGAGUGAUCUCCGGAUCCAGAUUCGCCGUGCCUACAACGAGACUCAAGAUGAACUGAAAAUGGUAAGAUCUAAUGCCAACCCUAUCUCACGUUUGUCCAAGGCAUUCCCCGAUACUGCCGAUCCGUCAAGCUUCCGGACACUUCUCAAGCUCUUCCGGUCUUCUUAUACCCGGUGGUUUGGAUUCUGA